CUCUCCGGAGGGGUCUCAUUUGUGUGAGCCGCCGCCACUGGGCUGGCACUGGCGCUUUCUCUGAGUUCAGAGCGGAGGAUAACCUUGUUCUUCUGUUGUUCACUUUGUGGAGAUUGUUUCUGUCUCAUCUUCACAUAUUGCCUCGCAUGGGAGACGCCACAGGCUCAAAAAUGAGCAGUUUGAAGGCGUUUAAGGAACCAUUUGACAGAAUCAGCUCUGAACCUGUGGAGGACACUGACACAACCAGCUUCGUGGCAGAAUUCUCCUUGGAGGCCAAUUAUCCAGUGCAAGUGACAGACACUCAUGAUGCUGUGACACUCCACCUGAGCUCCAUGCCCUCUCAAUACCUGAGCCCCUCUUCAGAAGACAGAAUAAGACAGCCAGUUGAAGAUGUGGAAGAAUGCACCUGCCCAACAUCCAUGUCACCAGACUACCCCAAAGAACUACAGCUCCUAAACAGCCCCUGUGAAAAGUGCUGCUGCCCUGCACCUCCUCCCAAGAUCAGUGACCUCAUGGAUGACAAAGAUCUUCUGGACUUGCUGCGGCUCAAACUGGAUCCCAACCACUGCACCAUCAAAAACUGGAAGAACUUUGCAAGUCGCUGGGGGAUGAGCUAUGAUGAACUGACUCUGUUGGAGCACCGAACCCAGGGCUCUUUGUCCCACAGCCCCACACAGGAGUUCCUGUUGCGCUACAACCAGAAGACGGUCACUGAGCUCACUGAACUUUGCCGCAUAUAUCAGCGCAUUGAUGUGCUGCGACUGCUGCAGAGCUGGAUCGAAAAGGACUGGCCAUCACGCUGGCAACAGACUCAUUAACCAGUUUCACUUUCUCUAUAUUUAUCAUGUUUCUUUUUUCUGUCAGGGUUGUACUUGCUAGGGGUCUCUUCUUCUUCUUCUUUAAUUUGGAUACAAUCUUUUUAUAGCAACUUUUUAAUAACUUUUAGUAAAAACAAUAAAAAAAAAUCUGGAAACUACAUAAAUUUUCUGUUGAAAGUGUUCAACAUGA